UGGCAGCCUGAAGGGGAGUCGCAGCGGAGUGUGAAACAGCAGACAGACGGAGGAAUGAGAGCGGACCGAGCCGGGGCAUCACUACCAUGCAACCGACCACCACCAGCCGUCCAUUUUAUACGACUGUAGGAGCCGAUGAGCGCUGGUUUGUCUAUGUCCUACAGGCGGGCAGCAGCACUGAGAGGUCCCCGCAAUGAAAACAUAGGCCAACGCCUCGUUGCAGCUACAUACAGGGAAUGUAAACGCUCCCAAGAUGGUCCGCAUCGCCAAGGCCCUGGGUUUGGUUAUUCUGUGCGUCGCUGUGCUCAUACUGUCGCUCAUCAGCUAUGUGUCCCUGAGGAAAGACAGUCUCUUCACCUCCUCCAAAUACUACAUGGGAGGCCCCAGGAUAAUGUUUCACGCGGGGUUUCGGUCUCAGUUUGCCAUGAACUUUCUGGAUCCCUCCUUCAUCCCACUAACUAAUGCCCUAAAUGAGGAGCUUCAAGGAAAACCAUCCAAAUGGAAGUUCAACAAGACAGCUUUUUACCAGCAGAGGAAAGAUAUCUUCAGCUACAUCGACAUUCCAAAAAACUUCUCCCUUACAAAGGACAGCGUGCGUGUGGGCCAGCUGAUGCACUUUGAUUACUCCAGCCAUAAAUAUGUCUUCUCCAUCAGCAACAACUUCAAAUCCUUGCUGCCAGACACCUCUCCCAUUCACAACAAGCAUUACAGCAUAUGCUCUGUGGUGGGGAACAGUGGCAUUCUGACAGGCAGCCACUGUGGCCCAGAGAUCGACCAGGCUGACUUUGUCUUCCGCUGUAACUUCGCCCCCACAGAGGUGUACUCGAAGGACGUGGGCAGGAAAACCAACCUGACCACCUUCAACCCCAGCAUUCUCGAGAGAUACUACAAUAACCUGCUGACCAUUCAAGACAGGAAUAACUUCUUCCUCCACUUGAAGAAGCUGGAGGGAGCCAUCCUGUGGAUCCCUGCCUUCUUCCUUCAUACCUCAGCCACAGUAACCAGGACCCUAGUGGACUUCUUUGUGGAGCACAAGGGCCAACUGAAGGUCGAACUGGCCUGGCCUGGAAACAUCAUGCAUGAUGUCAACAAAUACUGGAAAACUAAAAACCUCUCCCCCAAACGCCUCAGCACUGGAAUCCUCAUGUACACGCUGGCCUCUGCCAUGUGUGAUGAGAUCCACCUCUAUGGCUUCUGGCCCUUUGGCUGGGACCCCAACACAGGAAAGGAGCUGCCUUACCAUUACUAUGACAAAAAAGGGACCAAAUUCACCACCAAAUGGCAAGAGACCCACCAGCUACCCAGUGAGUUCAAGCUGCUCUACAAGCUGCACCGAGAAGGCGUGAUCAGACUCAGCCUGACACACUGCUCUUAGACACACAGUGAGUGCUGGAUGGUUUAAGAGGUGACUCCAGAGACGGGUGACCCAGAUCCAUCAGCUCAGCUCACACUUCUGUUGUGGCCCACAAUGCAUGAUUAGAGUAAAGUCUAUUUCUGACACCCUCACAUCACGCUGUAAUGCCACAUGAAGAUGUCAGACCCACAUGGGAUGUAAAUCACAGAUAUAUCACAGCGUUGUUACUCAUCCAGUAUGUUGUCGUCUUUAGUGUCACUGUUAGUACUUUUAUGCUGCUCAGUUGCUUCCAUUAACCUCCUUUGCAUGGCUGAUGGCUGUGGCUAAACAGCUCAAACUGAACAAAUGUCUAUUUUAUGUAACUGGAGUCUGCAGGGGAUUCAGCUGUAGAAACAACAACAGUUAAAUCUUUCAGUCCUGUUUGACACAAUGUUAAUUGAUUAACCGCCUUUACGACAGUAUACUGAUUCUGUACACUGAAAUCACUGCCUAAUCUCAGGGACGGAGUUAGAUCAGUGUUGUUUUAUAAUCAGAUUUAAUGCCUCAAGAGAGGUGCAGUUCCUGUUUUCAGGCCUUUUUCCCCUCAUGAGGUGUCAGACAAUCUGCACUACUCUGGAAGAUGGUACUUGUUUACAAGACUGUACACUAUAUAAAUAUAAACAUACUUGUGUGUCUUUAUUCUCUGUAUACAGUGUGACUGUCCACUUCAAAUUUUGCUGAGAAAUUUUCAAACUUUUGGAAUAAUAAUCAACAUUCCAACAAUAAGCCAUAAAUUAAUGGACAAACAAUAGUGAGUUGUGAUUUAAAUAAAGGUUUAUGGGAGGUAGUAUGAGCCUACAUUAGGUUCUGAGACUUUGAGUUAUGAGAAAUUUGCAAAAUAGAGACUACAAGUCCAUGGUCACGCUAGCUGUUUUAUUAAUGUUGCAGUGUAGAAAAGCAGGCAAUGCAUGGAAAACCAUUAAAGCUGUUUACAAAACUGUAACAGCUACUUCUGAAUUAUGUUCAGAGUUCUUUAGACCCUUGAAUUAUUUGGUUAAGGAUUUUUAAAUCCUUAGAAAGAGAAUAUUAGGCCUGCAACCUCAGCUGCUAGUCUUAUUUCUGUUCAGAAACUUACUGUACAUGGGAAAACUUUUUUUUCAUUUUUUUAAAGGAAAAUUACAUACAACCAACAAUAGCCAAAAAGGUGUUAAGCCAACUUAGGCUCAUUCUGCACAAGAUAAAUGAAGAAGAUCCUGUUGCAGCUGUUUGCAAGUCCAUUUAGUUUUGAAUUAAAGGGCCUUUAACUUGAAAAACACAACUAUACUCUUAUUAUGUAUUAUUAUACCUAUUAUUGAACAUUUCUUUUAACUUUUUCGGCUUUGUGGUUUAAAAAACAUAUUUAAGUUUUAAUGAUGGAGCUUUGAAGUCUUUUGUACCUGCGGUAAGAUGGGCUAGCUAUUUCUUUUCAGUUAAUUUCAGCUUCAUUAACCGGCAGCUAAGCUUAAUAGCUUCUGGCUUCAACUUAACACUUGUUCUGGCAACAAAUGUUUUCUGUUAAUAUACAAAAUUCUGAACUAGUUAACCUGUAACAUUCCUACCACAGAAAUGAUGUCACUUCAGUUUGAUUGAUGUCUAUCUGAUUUUGCUAUCUUUCAGUGCCGUUUCUUGCUAUAUGCGUACUGUGCAAAUGCAUAGUGACCCACAAGCCAACAGGGGGCCCCAAAGCUGAAGGUUCAGCCUCAUCUGAGGAGAAUUAAAAUGACCUGUCUUUAUCCCUUAUAUGCUUACAAAUAUAUGUAGGAUAUAAGAAUAAAAAUAAGCUGCAAUGAUUAGCUGUGUCGGUGGGGUUGUUGUUGUGUGAAUGUUUGCUAUGUCAUCGUCCAGUAAAAGUCAUUUCUCAGAUAUUUGCCACUUAAAAUUACUUUAGGAUUAAUUAUGAUUGAUUUAUUAAGUUUAAUGUGUAUUUUAUAGGUCUCUAAUUAGAAAUGUGCUACUGCGUUAUAAAUAACACUAGUUAUUUAUCAAGUGACUAAUAAAUUUAAGGCCUAUUGUUAAUUGUUUUGGACUUCUGUGGCAGUGGAUUACUGCUAACUAAACUGAGUUAGAUGCAGUCUCCCUCUUUGGUAGAUUAUUUUAUGUUGCAACAAAGCUGCUUGGCAAUAAAUCUUUUACCGUUGGAAAGCCUGUUUAUUUCCCUUUUAAAUGGUGACACAUUUGUAAGGAACAUGCAUUUCUGGGAUGAACAGCAGAGCUGAGUAU